AUGGCUAUUUCCAAGUACAAGCAGGAGAAGGUACAACAUACAUACGAUUAUAGCAUAGCAAAACAAAUAAAAACACAUUUACAUGAAUCAAAUUGUCGUAUUAUCGAUCCCAGAUACGUUGGGACAGCCACAAAGCACACCGGAACACUCAAAGGUAACGGAGCAAGGCAGGUCCAUCACCUCCAUGCUGGUCAGCAACAAAAUUUCAGAAGGGAUGAAACAGCUAAAGGCGUUCUGUUGGCUGGAAAAUGUGGUCAUGCUGGAGAGCAACCCUAA